CCCGUCGCCCGUCGCCCGUCGCCCGUCGCCCGCCCCGUUGUCCUGACAGUCGCGCUUCCGUCAGCGUGUGCACAACGUCGCGGCGUGCUAUGGAAAGGGUGCAAAGCCUCAGCCGUGCAGUCCGCUUGCUUCUUAUCGGCGCGCCUGGUGUUGGGAAGGGAACCCAGACCGAGCGCAUGCUCAAACGCUACCCGCAACUGUCCGCCAUCAGUUCCGGAGAUCUCCUGCGCGACAAUGUGCGCAACAGGACGCCGCUUGGCAUCCACGCCGAAACCAUCAUGAAGGCGGGCCAGCUCGUGCCAGACACCAUGAUGCUUCGUCUGAUCCUUAACGAGCUCAACAAGCGCGGCUGGGUCCAGUCAGACACACCGAUGAAGCCCUACACACUGCACUAUUCGUCCUCUGUGCAGCCCGACACGCAAAGCGGCUCCUUCGUCGACGACGUCAUCGUCGGCGCCCCCAUGACGCAAGGCUACACCUACUCCGAAUCUCCGAGCGCAUCCUUCAUACUUGACGGCUUUCCGCGUAAUGUCACUCAGGCAUCGCAAGUCGACAAUCUGAUCCCCAUCAACUUCGUCAUCCACAUAAACACGCCUGUCGACGUCAUAAUGGAUCGCAUUCGCAACCGGUGGGUGCACGCCCCGUCGGGGAGGGUCUACAACACCACCUUCAACCCGCCAAAAGUUCCCGGAAGAGAUGAUGUUACGGGUGAAAAGCUGACCAGGCGUGACGAUGACGACCCUGAGAUAUGGAAGAAGCGGCUGGCACAGUUCGAAGAGACGAGCGCGCCUCUAUUAGAGCACUACGAUAGAAAAGGUCUGUUGUGGACGGUCACGGGGAACAGCAGCGAUGAAAUCAGCCCCAAGCUGUUCAAGGAGUUCGAAAGACGGUAUGCUGUCGUUGACGUGUAACGAAUUGGCAACAACACUCUCUCUCGCUUCCUACAACCCAGUACGAGCGUGGCGUUGGUGGCUUCACACGGUUCUUGGAGUAUGGUGCUUCUUCGCCUUUCCGAAUCUCAGACGCGGACAACCAAAGGACGCAGCCCUCACUUGCUUCGAUGACCUUUUUCUCUCCAUCUGGAUGAUUCUGCCUUCUGGGAAAAGGGAAACAAUCUUCUCAUUCCCAUACUUGUAUAUAUCGUCGUGCCUCCGGCGUAGAGCCAUCAUUGUAUAUAGACUUCUAAUUCGGUCAGAAUCAGCGACCACCAAUCCAUGUAACUCAGUCCUCAUG